AUGUCGACUGCUUCUCUUUCGUCUAGCAUAUUGGCGUACGAGGUAGAACACGGAAGAUCAUACCACGCUGUAAGGUCACCCUCGUCCGAAUUCUCUUACCAAGAAGAACAAGACAGAAUGGAUAUCCAGUAUCAUGCAUUACGAAUUCUUUUCCACGGAAAACAUUUCUACGCGCCAAUCGACAAAAGUCCACAGUGUAUACUGGAUAUUGGAACAGGCACGGGUAUAUGGGUAAUGGACGUUGGUGAUGAGUAUCCUAGCGCUAAAGGAUUAGUAAUUGGAACGGACUUGAGUCCAAUACAGCCUCAAUUCGUUCCCCCGAACGUUCAGUUUGAGAUUCAUGACUGCACCGAAUACCCUUGGACGUUUCCUGACAACUCGAUCGAGCUCAUCCAUACUCGCAUUACAAACGGCUUUGCAGUUCGAGAGUGGAAAUCUUUCUUUCAAGAGUGCUACAAUCAAGAAUUCGAUCUCAUGGCUUUCUCGGAUGAUAAGACCCUGCCCAGCAAUAGCGCAGUGGUGAAAUGGUGUACGCUUAUGAAUGAAGGUGGUUUAAAGGCGGGAUUCGACCUUCGUCUCAAUAGUGAAACGAUUAGGAUUGCAAUGGAAGAGCCUGGCUUCAAAGGGAUCACAGUGCUGGAUCUUAAGCUUCCAAUUGGAUUGUGGCCUGCAGAUCCACGGCUUCGAGAGGCAGGAAAGUUUGGUUUGGGGGCCAUGCUUCAAGGGUUACAAGGCAUUUCUCUUGCAACUUUCACGCGAUUUCUGGGCUGGCAGGUAGAGGAGCUGGAGGUUCUGCUGGCUCAGGUGAGAAGCGAGUGGAGACAAAGGAGGGUUCAUUCAUACUGGCCUAUCUUUGUCGUUUAUGGAAGAAAGCCUCUUUUGAAGUAA